CUUUUUGUUUCAGCCCAUAUGGAAGAUGAAGAACAGCCUUUACAAGUUGCUGAAUCCAGCAGUGUUGAAAUGGAAGAAACCCCAUCAAGAAUCUUCCCUUGUUUGUUCUGUUCAAGGAAGUUUCAAACCUCUCAAGCUUUAGGAGGUCAUCAAAAUGCUCACAAGAAAGAGCGCACCGCCGUCAGGAAGGCCAAGCGGCUAUCUGAUUACUCGUCAUCGUCUUCAUCGUCAUUGUCGUCACGGCCAUUGUCGGUAUUUGCAGGCAACCAGCAGCUUCAUCAUCCAGCUAUAUUGCCACAUCCAGUGUACAUUGCAGCUCAUGGAGCUAAUCUUCAUUGUUUCCCCAAUAACCAACAAGUGUUCUAUGAUGGCUUGGGAGUUGUUCCCAAGUUUGAGGACAUGGUUUACUAUGGUGGGGUUUGUUCAUACAAUAGAUAUCAAUGUGGGGAAGAUGAAGACCAUGUGUUGAAUUGGCAGAGAAGCAUAAAGAAAGACAAGGAAAAAGAACAAAAACUUGAUCUUUCUCUUCAUUUAUAGAACCUGCCUUGUAGUUGUGUUUUUUUUCUGCAUUAGAGCUGCCUUUUACAAAGUUUUGAUCAUCAUCAAUAAUCAACUAGUUCUUUUCUUUUAGUACUA